AUGGAAGGGGCGGGGGCGGCGGCGGCGACACGCAUGAUUUUAGAAUAUCUAAUCAUUCACCUUCAGUAUCGAAAGGAAGAACAGCCAGAGAGGUUUUCCACACUACGAGGAACAUUUGUGGUUUCUGUGGACAUUAAAGAUUCUUUCCAGGAUGUGAAUCAAUCCCACUGUGCAACUUUCAUUUCAGCCAAGGGUGAUUUCUGCCACAAGCUCCUCACUGAGCAGAUGCUUAGAGACCUGGAAGGCUUGCCCUCUUUACGCCAGACCAAAGCCCCGAGUGGAAGAGGCUGCCCUCAUGAAUCCGUACAGACUAUGCCUUUUCAGUUUUCCUUUGAGCUCUGUGAAAAAUCUGGAGUUGUCAAAGGGGACUGUUUAGCAAUGAAGCAGUUCAUCCGUAGGAUCAGCCUGGUGCACACCAUGAUCAGAUUUCAUUACUGUGUAAACGUGAAUGGCUCCAUUUCUGCUGAGACUUAUAGCCCAGAGGGGACCCGCAGCACAUGUUUGCCAGAUGGGACAAAACUAUUCAUUGAUGGGAGUCAUUUUAUGAGGUCAGCAUCCAGGGAUCUGCACUUGUCCUGUGACAAAAUCCAUCCCAUGAUGGGUGAGCCAGUUGGUCUCUUCAUUCCAGAUGAAGUAGCUGAAAGAGGCUUCAGUGGAGAGCUGAGGCUUACACCCGUUGGGGCCUUGUGGCCCUGCUGGAAACCAUUCCCUAGCCAGCCAGUGAGGAUAGCCGAUCAAUAUAUCUUUCUUUACGACCCAGCUGGCCUGCCUGUAUUGUUCCCUACAAAGGAAGCGUCAUGUUCUUUCUUCGAAGACCCUUCAUCUUUAGCAGCCUGGGAGAGAUAUGCCUACCAGGCAACACUGAAUUCAGAUCCAUUAUGGGAAGAAGAUACAGCAAAGCCUGAUGUCAGAUACAAGCUUCACACCAGCCACAAAGAGGAACCAGAUACGCGGGAACAGACGUUGAUGCUCUUCCUCUUCCUCUCUUACGCUAAUCAAUUUCAAGACAAACCAGUCUAUAAUUUCUGGGACCGGCGAGUGGUUCUGUCCUAUCUCUGUCCUAUUCUCUCGUGCAGUGGGCAGGUUGUGAAAGGCGCCAUCCAAGGAGUUGUCAAUGGGAUACUGGAGCAGCACUACAAAGCGGCCGAGGAACAGCGGAAACUGGCACACUCUUUGCCCAUCAUGGUAGAUGCCAUUUCCAGUAUAAUUUCAAGCAGCACAGACAGCAAGUUCAGAACAACAUGCCUUCAACGUUUGCAGGUUGCAGAUACCCAGGACCUCCAGGUAACCAUCAGAGACACCUUCAACAAAGUCAUUCUGAAACGAUGGAAGCCCAACAAUACAUGCAGCAUCAACAGGCCAUUACCUAAAAACAAUGAGACAGGGCAGCUGAGUACAGACCUUGGUUUAUCCUCCGGUCACAAUAAGCUAUUGUGCUCCUAUGUAGGUUCUGCAAGUUUGGAGCAAGGGGGCAGCUGUGGAGGGGAAGAUAAUGACAUGGUCAAGAAUCUCAGUAUCUCUUGA